AGUGAACGGUGAACAAAAAUAAAUAUCCCUUGAAUGUGAGUGUGGCCUUGUCACAACUCCAAACCAACACAGAACCCUAAACCCUAAUUGCUUCCUCUCUCGCGUUCUCUCUUCGUCUCGCUUCAAUGGCCGAUUCUGCGUUUUCGGUUCAAUACCUGAAAGAUCUCGUUAAUUCUCAAAUCCAUGACGAAGACAAAUGGGCCUUCAAUGUGAAACUGCUGCGUGCUGUGGGAAUUUUUGCAGGAUCAAUAGUACUCAUGCGAAACUAUGGCGACCUCAUGACAAUCUGAAAGUAGAAAACUAUGUUGUCUUGGUGUAGUUUCAAUCUGAAAUGAAUAGUAUUCAUAAGCCAUGAUAUUACUUUUCUGAUUUGGUUAUGUUGACUGCAAAUGUUUGUGCACAUUUCCUUGUGGUCAGAUAUGUUUUGGAUAAGAAACAACUACUUUAGGAUUCUUGGAUAGUGAUAUGCUAUUGUUCACCGCAUCUAUGUGCUUGAGUUAAUAACUAAACCCCCUACCCCCUUUAGGCCUUAA